UCAAUUUCAAUGCCAAUUCAAAAUGAGUUUGGGUUGUUAGUUGGUGCUUACAUAGGGAGAAAAUUCUUGGAAGGAAGGAAAAAGCCAAAGGCAGAAAAAUUGGUUUGAUUGUUCAGAGUUGACAGAAACUCUCUUUCAUUCUCAGCUCAAUUUGCAAAAUCGAUCAAAACCCAAAUUGAAAUCUCGUAGCUUUCGCAAUCUGAUAGAUACUCACAUACAAGCACCGGCAUGGGUCAAGCUUUUCGGAAGCUCUUCGACACCUUCUUCGGCAACACCGACAUGAGGGUUGUUAUGCUUGGUCUUGAUGCUGCUGGCAAAACAACCAUACUUUACAAGCUUCACAUUGGAGAAGUUUUAUCCACUGUUCCUACAAUUGGUUUCAAUGUGGAGAAAGUUCAGUAUAAGAAUGUUAUUUUCACAGUUUGGGAUGUUGGGGGACAAGAGAAACUAAGGCCGCUUUGGAGGCACUAUUUUAACAACACAGAUGGCCUGAUCUAUGUUGUUGAUAGUCUGGACCGUGAGAGAAUUGGUAGAGCAAAGCAGGAAUUUCAGACAAUCAUAAAUGACCCAUUUAUGCUCAAUAGUGUCAUCUUGGUGUUUGCCAACAAGCAGGACCUGAGAGGAGCUAUGACGCCAAUGGAAGUAUGUGAAGGCCUAGGUCUCUUUGAUCUAAAGAAUAGAAAAUGGCACAUACAAGGCACAUGUGCACUUAAAGGAGAUGGCCUUUAUGAAGGCCUGGACUGGUUGGCUUCAACUCUGAAGGAAAGAAAAGCUGCUGGGUUCUCUUCAAUAGGAGCCUCGUCCUUCUAAUCUAGGUAUAUUAGCCUUUGCCAUCGAGCAACAUGUAGGAUCAGUUUCAUUCAAGAAUGUUGUAAAAAAGUAAUCAAAUUUUUUGGGCUGCAUUAGGUUACCUCUGUCUAUUCAUGAUGAAGGAGAUAGAUGCUUUGACUUUGAAGGUGCUUAGAGAAGACUUUGCACAGUGUAUAGAAGUUUGAGCCUGUCGAAUGAAAACUAAUUUGAAUCUCACGAAUUCUAUUGUCAUAUAGAUGCCCCUGUUUGUGGUUUGGUUCA